UGUAACGGCAGCUCCUUGAAUGAACCAAUCGCAGGAGUUCUCUCUGGCAUUUAAACCGUGUGGCGUCAUCGUCACGAAAUUCAAAAUUAGGAAAACGACGACAGGAAAGCCAGUGGUGCUACAGCGUAUGCCACGUUUUCUGGCAGAGGUCGUGUAAAAACUUGGAUAAAAUGGCUCAGUUCGGGUUUGAAAACGAUAUCCACAGUGUCUUGAAGCUGGACAUGCCCAUCACAAACGCUCCCAUGGCGAGGUGGCAAAGAAAGGCCAGCUCCUCAAACACGUCCGCCUUGAGCGGUUUGUCGCCCGGCAAAUCUACCAAUGUGUCGCUGAGUUCCUCAAAAACACCGAGCAAAACGCCAGGCAAAAAUAAAAAACAAACUCCCUCUAAGAUGGGUGGCGACCGCUUUAUUCCCAUCAGAAACAGCAAACAAAUGGAUGUGGCAAGUUUCCUGCUCACAAAGGAGAAUGAGCCUGUAGACACAAACAAUACAGCAGGACCAUCGGAAUAUCAGAAAGCCUGGUCUGUAUCACUAAAUGGAUACAACAUUGAAGAUGCAAAGAUCCUGCACCUUGGAGGGAAGCCACUAAAUGCUCCAGAAGGCUAUCAAAACAACUUGAAAGUCCUCUACAGUCAGGUUACAACUCCCGCCUCUGUCAAAAAGGCCAGAUACAUAUCUUCAACUCCUGACAGAAUCUUGGAUGCUCCUGAGCUCCGAAAUGAUUUCUAUUUGAACCUGCUUGACUGGAGCAGUCGAAAUGUUCUUGCUGUGGCACUUCAUAACAGUGUUUACCUGUGGGAUGCCAGUCAAGGAGACAUCAUUCUUCUCAUGAAGUUGGAGCGCGAGGAGGACUACAUCUGCUCACUGUCCUGGACCAAAGAGGGAAGCUACCUAGCUAUCGGCACCAGUGACUGCAAAGUUCAGUUGUGGGAUGUUGAAAACCAGAAGCGUUUACGCAGCAUGGCCAGCCAUACAGCUAGGGUUGGUAGCCUGAGCUGGAAUGACCACGUUCUUUCAAGUGGCUCAAGAUCAGGACACAUCCACCAUCAUGAUGUGAGGGUGGCAGACCAUCACAUCUUCACGCUCACUGGUCACUCACAGGAGGUGUGUGGGCUCCAGUGGUCUCCUGAUGGGCGGUACCUGGCCAGUGGCGGCAAUGACAACUUGGUGUGUGUAUGGCCCCGUGUGCAAGAAGGCAGCCCCAGCCAGUCGGUCCGUUGCUGGAGUGAACAUCAAGGAGCUGUCAAGGCUUUAGCUUGGUGUCCAUGGCAGCCAAAUAUCCUCGCAUCUGGAGGUGGUACAAGUGACCGUCACAUCCGCAUCUGGAAUGUAAAUAGCGGCUCCUGCAUCAGUUCACUUGACACUCAGUCCCAGAUCUCGUCACUGGUGUUUGCACCUAAUUACAAGGAGCUGGUCUCUGCCCAUGGCUAUGCACACAACAAUGUUACUAUCUGGAAGUACCCCUCUCUCACCAGGGUUGCAGAGCUCACUGGCCACGAGGACAGAGUUCUCAGUUUGACUCUCAGCCCAGACUGCUCUACAGUUGCAACUGUUGCUGCAGAUGAAACUAUUCGUCUGUGGAAAAGCUUCGAAGUGGAUCCUGUUAAGAAGAAGGCCAAAGAGAGGCUGGGCAAAUCAACUAGCGGUGUCAUUCAUCAGUCAAUCAGAUGAUUUGCUUUUGAAGUAGUUUGUGUGUUUUUUUUUUUUUUUUUUUUUUUCUCUGAAUAAUGUGCUGUUUUAUUUAAUCCCCCAAUAAAGAUUUCUACCCAAUGUUUGCCAUAAUUGGCGACUUACUACUUAUCAAUUGUUUAUACAGGCCUGUUUUUAAUGUGGGGAAGUGGGUUUUUGCCUUAAGCAGUAAUGUAUUUGACCUUCACUUGGCUUUUAUUGUAUACCAUAGACUGGCUUCUCUCACUUGGCUUGUAUUACUCCUAUCAUGUUUAACUCUACCAGUGACGUACAGUAUCCUGACACCUGUAGUAAUUAUCCUGCAAAUGUGUUCUUUCCCAAAGAAAUUGAUGUUAGCUCUGUCAUUAAGCUACCAGUGUGGGUUCUUUUAUUUUUUCUUUUUUUUUUUUUUUAAGGCUUAAACUGCUGCUAUGUAGGUCAAUGUCACAUGAAAACUUAAACCCCUGUUGCAAUGUCUUCAGACUGCAGGAACCUAUACUGCCAUUGUCACUAUUUACCUGCUGCAGGUGUAGUUUAACUGAAUUUUGAAGUCCAUUAGGUUCAUGAUUUUUAAAUUGCUUCAAAUAUUUUA